UUAUCGUUAUUUAUCAUGCGUGAGAAAUAAGAAUUAUGAAUUGCUAUCUAAAUAAAGUAUCAGGCUGUUAUACAAAACCGCAGACCUUCCGUUUGCAGACACAGGUGCGAACGUGAUCCGUAGCAGGGACGAAAUGGUAGAUUUUUAAACUCCAAUAUUUCACCUUUUUAACGCCCCGUCGGCCCUAGAAUGGCUCGGGCAAAGCAGACUACGGCAGCCCUAGAUGACACUGUGCCGCUAAUGUGCAUUUUCGAAGGGAUUAGCAAGAAGGAACAUGUGGACUAUAUAAUCAAAGUUCAGAGGGGGGCUAGUCCAGAAGGGUCUUGGCAGGUUGUCCAUAGAUACAGUGACUUUGCAGCUCUGCAUGCAGCAUUAGAGGUUUCAGGAAUUGAAAUGCCACUACCUCCCAAGAAAGUAUUUGGUAAUAUGGACACAACCUUUGUUGUUGAAAGGCAACAGGGCUUACAGAAUUUUAUGAAUUUUAUCCUCGGCAACCCUCUGCUUGCAAGACAUAUCUCAGUUAAAAAAUUUCUAGAUCCUGUCAACUACUCAGAGAAUUUCCAAGAUAACGCAACCCAGCAUGUGGCAAUGUUCCUGAGAUCUGUCCCAAACUGGGAGAUAGUGGAACCCCUACCUGACAUUGGUUGGAGAAUACAUAAAAGUUAUUUUCUUAUCAAGCCUACAGACGCAAGCAAGAAAGAUAUUAGGAACAUGUUAACAUGGACAUGCAAAGGUCCUGAUUUUGGUUUUGAAGAAAAGGAUUUUGAAGCAGUGUUAAAACUGCUUACUACAAUACAGCACCCAUAUAUAUACCCAACUGGUUUUACAUCCUGCUCUGCUCAGGGAGCUAUCAUAGUUAGAAAUUUUAUUCCAAAUGGAACUCUUAGAGAUAUCAUCUGCAAGGCUAAGCCAAAAACUGCCCAGCUAAAGAAAUAUGGAAGCCCAAAAUCUAGAGUUGUUAUGCCAAUUAAUCAAAUACAAAUAUUUGGGAAGCAGAUUUUAGAGGCAUUAAAGUUUUUGCAUGAUAAGGGAUUUCCUUAUGGUCAUCUUCAUACAGGGAAUAUUGUACUAGAAGGAAAUGUAUGCAGAAUACUUGAUCUGGAAAAUUCGCUGUUGGGGGUAUCACCCAUUCACAGACACAGAUAUGUUCCACACAAGAAAAUUCAGGAUAAAGAAUCAGAAGAUGUCUAUUGUUUCGCACAUGUGCUCUAUGAGAUGGCUUUUGGCGAGCCACUGAGGACAUCCGUCAUACAUGAAGUCCCUCCUACAUCCUCCCCAGACCUUAAAUCUAUACUGGAGUCCAUCCUUACAGAAGAAGUGGUUAAUAAGUCAGGGCUCCCAUCUGUGGAUGACUUGCUGAACUUGCCGUUUUUCAGUUCUGUCAGUCUUCCACCAACAGACAAGCCACAGUUUAAGAUCCCCAGUAAGCUGAAAGAGUGCAUCAGAAAUGUGAAGGAAAAAGCUGAACAAAGAUUAAAAGAAGAUCAGAAAUAUCUACGCCAAUUCCGGCGAGCAUCCAAGGCGCAUGCGCACCACAUGUGCGAAGAGGAGAAGAAGAAGCGAAAGAAGUCCGCAAAGAAGUCAAAGAAGUCGGACACCACAGCUCCAACUAUAAACUCAACAGGUGCUCCUCCAUCAUCUCCUACCCCCGCCGCACGGACGGCUGCCGCAGUGGGUCGUCCCGCCCAGCCUCCAGCGGCCCCACCCCCACCCGUACCUGCACCGCCACCACCAGUAUCACCUCCACCGCCCGCGGCCGCACCUCCCAAGACAGAGGGACGUGGCGCUCUUCUCAGCUCUAUCUCCGGGUUUAGCAAGACAGGCCUCAAGAAGGCGAUGACUAAUGAUCGCAGUGCACCGAAGGUUUAGGCAACGAGAGACUUACUGUUGAAUCAGUUGUAUAGCGACGCCGCAUUUUCAAAA